AUGCCUCAGGCAGGCCAUGGACCACAUUUUCCCGCGACGUUUAUCUUUGACGAACAAUUUGCCCUAUGUUGCGAUGACCGAGCCAAGUACCAAGAUACACAAGGGAAGGCAAAGACGACCCCGUGUACCGGAGUCGUUGCGAAAGCGGGCGGCACAAGCGUGGAGGCGGCAACCCUUGCACCCGUUGCCAACAGCACCAAAGAGCAUGUCGUUUUGAGAGUGCUGGUCGACUACCAACAGAAGCUAGGAAUAGCCAAACUAGGGCCUUUGGAGCAGGACGCAAACACACUUCAAAUGAGGCGAAUCAUUACUCACUUUUUGGGUGAUAUUUCUUUCGAUACCAGCACGCUCCGACAACUUGCAGACAAUUUGGCCCAGGAUCAGGAUCUGACCCAAGAACGGUCGGAUACUGAUUCGAUUGUCUCACACGAUGACACCUCGACCAAUGACUACUCUAUAGACCCUCUUUCCACCAGUACAAUGCAAUGCUCGAACGGCGACUACGAAGUCUCGGGGACGGGACAGGGCAAAAGGUUUGCCGAGCAGCCUCUCGUGUCGGUUGUAGUCUUUUGUACGCUGCUAACAGAAAUCCAGAGUGUUGACCAUACCGAAGGCUUUUUUCGAGCGACUGAUCUGCAAUCCUCUGGCUCUUGCGUCGCGCUUGCGAAAUCAUAUUUCCCUCCAAAGAAUAUCGCCGAAUUCUUGACCAGUGCGUUUUUGAAAUUCAGCCAAACCAAUUAUUUUUACUUCCAUGAGGCAAAGUUUCGCGAGAAACUUGAUUAUUACUAUGCAGCUGAGCAUGUGCUGUCCAUCAAUGACUCUGGUUGGAUAUGUACUCUUCUCAUGACUUUCGCAAUUGGCACACAGUUUGCUCAUAUGCAGACUAAAUCGACACCUGCUGGCGUCUCUACAGCCGAAAAUACCCCCGAUGAUCAGAUUGGAUUGGAGCUCUAUCGGUUUUCAUGUCGACUCAUUCCGGAUCUCAUCACAGUUGCAAGUGUGGAGACUGUCCAGGCAUUCUUACUCCUGGGUGUGUACACUUUGCCAAUCGACACAUCUGGAUUGGCGUACAUAUACUACGGCCUGGCAAUCAAAAUGGCUGUUCAGAAUGGCAUGCACCGCAAGCUGCUAGCAGGUAACGUGAGCGCAGAGAUCAUUGAAGUGCGAAAUCGGCUCUGGUGGUCUGCAUAUUCGCUAGAAAGUCGCAUCGGUAUUCUACAUGGACGCCCUGUAUCAGUUUCCCCCACCGAAAUCGAUGCUCCCAUGCCUGUGGAUCUGCCAGCUCUACGUCCGGUUGACCAAUUGAGCAAUCUACCCAACUUCACCGCCGCAAUCCAUUUGACGAAUCAUCUGGCAAAGGCAUCGGAAGUGAUGAGAUCUUUGAGGCGUUGUCAGAGAGACAGGAAAAAGAAACAUCUUCGGCAACUUGCCGCCACCCGUGAUCGACUAAGCUCGUGGUGGAACAGUCUGCCCACUGAGACUUAUUGUCGCGACCUCACUCCUAGCGGGCCCUUCUUCCGUUGCAAUGUGCAUCUUGAAAUCAUGUACACAACAACACUGAUAUACAUGGGCCGCCCUUUCAUCAUAUCUCAGGCAUCGGCUGGGUCGCUUAACCCACCGUCUGCUUCACCCGUUCAUGAAGUCCCAGAUAUUGUGAACACUCUUCGUCGUGACUCACUUAAUGCAGCACUCAGAGUCAUCGAGCUGUGUCAGCUUCUACAAGACUCUGUCGGCCUCGCGCGUGUCUCAUACACCGAAUUCAACGGGUGUCGCGUUGCUUUAUUGGCACUUAUUGCCCACAGCAUCAACGAACCAACAAGCACAAUAUCCGGUGCAUUGUCUCAAGGUAUGAGGCUUAUCCGCCAGGUCUGCGCCGGACUGGAAUCUGCGCGAUCUGAAGUGGCUGUCAUCGAAGCACUGGAACGGGCAAGACAACGACUGCACAGUCAAACAGUGACCGAACGGAGAGGCACCACAGAUGAUUCAGCCGGCUAUGAUCAGUUUAAAGAAUGGGCGAAGCUUUGGCGAGGCGAUCCAUUGGAGGGUAGUGACGUUCUCGUCUCGACCAAUUUGGACCUGCCGUUCCAUGAGCAUUCUCCGAACUCUGUUCCUUCUUUUGAUGGAUUUUUCUCGUCUUUUCCCAAUGAACUGGGCGAGUUUGCCGCCAUCCCGGGGCUCAGUUAUGAUUUAUCACUUAACCAGGACUGGUUGGGUGCCCCUGAACCUGAAGGUUCUGAAUGGAUCAUGGAUCAAACACUCUGA